UUUUGUUGAAGUGCGAUGUGUACAAAUUAAUGAGUGAACCUUUCUACUGUAGAAACCUGUAUAUGUUGGAUUAACAAACUGUGGACACUGGCAGAGUGGAAACAAGAACGCAUAUUUGGAGAAUAUGGUACUGAAGGCGGCCGUGAUUGUUUUAAUCCUUGCUGUAGCAGUUAUGUAUUUCACAAAGAACAGAAACAACACAGAUGAACAAAUUUUGUUAAAUUCGUCCUAUGAUUACAUUAUACUAGGAGCAGGUUCCGCUGGAUGUGUUCUUGCAAACAGAUUGUCGGAGAAUCCGGAAUCCUCAGUACUUAUCCUAGAAGCCGGUGCUUCCGAACUUGAAAAUGUCAAUAUCAGUAUCCCAUUUGCCGCCGGAAGUGUACAGUUAUCAAAGGAAGACUGGAUGUUUAAAAGCGUACCUCAGAAAAAAGCAUGUUUGGCAAUGCGUGACAAGCGAAGUGCCUGGCCACGAGGAAGAGUUCUUGGAGGAACUAGUAACAUGAACUACAUGCAAUAUAUCCGCGGCAGUCGUCAUGACUACGAUGGUUGGGCAAGAGAGGGGUGUACAGGAUGGAGUUAUAGAGACGUUCUCCCAUAUUUCAUCAAAUCAGAAGAUGUUCAGAUACCGGAACUUCAAAACUCAGAAUACCAUGGAAAAGGCGGUUAUUUGUCGGUCAGUGACGGGACUGCCACACCCCUCAAUAAGAAUGUAUAUGCCCGAGCAAUGGAAGAACUCGGAUACCCCACCACAGAUUGUAAUGGCAAAUCACAAAUAGGUUACUGCUCGUCUCAGGAAACGGUUAAUAAAGGAGAGCGUUACAGCAACGCCAAAGCCUUUCUAAGACCUGUCAUGGGACACAAGAACCUUCACGUCUCCAUCAAUUCUCAUGUUACAAAGGCAUGUACAUAAUUAUUGAUUAUUAAUUAGCUUUAACUACUUUCUUACGUACUUACUU